AUGACGUGCAAUGUUGCAUCGAGAGUUGUGCCGGCUUUGGCGAUCGUGCGGUCCAAUAUGGCGACAAGGGCUCGUGGCGUUCGAAAGGCGCAAUCUCCGUCGGGGGGCUUAGGCGAUCUCUACGACGGUUGUUCGUCGAUUUUCGAUGAGGAGCCUCUGGGGCCAGAGGAAUUCCUCAUGGAGCCUCUGACUGAUAUGGACAUUCCAAUAUUGGCGAAACGAGAGGAUCGAAAUUUUGGAGAUGAAGCCCAGAAAAGGAUCAUGGCCGUGAGCUUGCCCUACAAGGUGGAUUCGAAGACGGUGUAUAUCUGUGACAUGGUGGAUUCGGCCGAGGGAUUAGGAUUGCAAAAGAUUUAA